AGAGAUAUGGCGAGAAUGUGUUUGAUGAUGAUUAUGGUUGUUGCUAUGACCAUAAACAUUGUCGCAAGUGAACCAAUCGCACCAUGUUACUUCAUAUUUGGUGACUCUUUGGUUGAUAAUGGCAACAAUAAUCAGCUCUCCUCAUUAGCUAGAGCUAAUUACUUUCCUUAUGGUAUAGAUUUCCCUAACGGUCCAACCGGUCGGUUUAGCAACGGCCAAACUACUGUCGAUGUUAUCGCUGAGCUUUUGGGUUUUGAGGAAUUCAUUACACCGUAUGCCACCACAAGAGGAGAAGACAUCCUCCGAGGAGUUAACUAUGCUUCCGCUGCUGCCGGAAUCCGAGAAGAAACCGGCAGACAAUUGGGAGGUAGAAUAGCGUUUGCAGGGCAAGUAGCAAAUCACGUGAACACUGUGGCACAAGUAGUGAACUUAUUCGGUGAUCAGAACCAAGCCUCGAGUCACCUCAGCAAAUGCAUUUACUCGAUCGGUUUAGGCAGCAACGAUUACCUCAACAACUACUUCAUGCCCACUUUCUACUCUACCGGUAACCAGUUCACCCCUGAAUCCUUUGGCGACGAUCUCAUUUCCCGUUACACCGAUCAGCUCCGGAUAUUGUAUAACAACGGAGCCAGGAAGUUCGCGUUAAUAGGAGUUGGUGCGAUCGGUUGCAGCCCGAACCAGCUAGCUCAGAACAGUAGAGAUGGGAGAACGUGUGACGAGAGGAUCAACUCAGCGAACAGGAUCUUCAACAGCAAGCUCAUAGCUAUAGUCGACGAGUUUAACCGAAACACUCCUGACGCAAAAUUCACUUACAUCAACGCAUAUGGCGUCUUCCAAGAUAUCGUUACAAACCCUACUCGCUACGGGUUUACAAAUACAAAUGCAGGAUGUUGUGGAGUUGGGAGGAACAAUGGACAGAUAACUUGUCUUCCUGGUCAAGCUCCAUGUUUGAAUAGGAAUGAAUAUGUGUUUUGGGAUGCGUUUCAUCCCGGUGAAGCUGCGAAUGUUAUCAUCGGGAGAAGAUCGUUUAGGCGAGAAGCUGCUUCUGAUGCUCAUCCUUAUGAUAUUGAGCAACUUGCAAAACUCUAA